UAAUGGUUUUUUUAUUUUGUUAAGCAUUUAGGAGGAACCCAUUUUUGGGUUCAUUCCAAAUUGUUCUAAAUUAUCGCCCCUUAUCUGGGUUCUAUAAGUUCAAACCCACUUAAUCCAAUCUGCCUAAUUGAUGUAGUUCUCAUUUCAAAUGUGGUUAAUUUCCAAGUUGUUUUGUUAUCUUCGUUCGUUUCAGCUACGAGUCUCACACAUUCUGUACUUUCAGUAAUUUCCUUCUUCAGAUUCUUGUUGCACUUACCAAGUCAUAUCCUUUUCGUUUUCUUUGUUUUUCUUCCGAUUUUCGGAUAAACCCGUGUUGUAUUUCCCUUUUUUAAUUCAUUUUAAAUCUCCAACGUUUACCUCAGAAACCAAAUGAAUUCAGAAGAGAGGGAACACUGUUUGAAUGUUGACCACAAGUAACUAACCUCAAAAACUACUAGCCUUAGAUAGCUUUAGAUAGCUUUGAUUUCAUGUGAAUCGCUGUUGCCCGACAUAAUAACUAGCUAUACAUGACCAAUCUAAUUUCUUUCCCAAAUUUUACGAAUUGUGUAAAAUUAAUGGACUCCCUGCCUGAUGCUAUUGUUCAAUACAUAUUGUCGUAUAUGGAUAAUGCCAAAGACGUUGUAAUUUGUAAUUGUGUAUCCAAGCGAUGGAAGGAUUCAAUGCCUUAUAUAAGGAGCCUUUACUUCCCUAGAAGCUCCUUUGAUAGCCAUAAGGGCGGAGACAGCCCUGAUGACAUUGUAUUGAAGAUGGUUUCAGUGAUUGAACGGUUAGAAAAUCUGGUUGUUUAUAGUCCCUUCUCCGGUGCAGGCCUUGCUUCGUGGUUAUCAAUCAUAGGUCCCUCUCUUAAGUAUCUGGAGCUCCGGAUGGACAAUCUUGCUGAUUAUCAGGCCUGUCUUGAAAGCCCUUCAAAAUUGGAUUACUUAACUGCUGCACAAAAUUUGGAGUCUUUAAAACUUUGGGGAGUUUUAAUGGCCCGUUCACCAAAGUGGGAUGUCUUCCAGAAACUGAAGAACCUUGAAAUUGUUGGAGCAAAACUGGAGGAUCCAGCUUUGUCAACUGUGCUUCAGGCCUGUCCCAAUCUCACCAAUUUGGUGUUACUUGGUUGUGAAGGGGUGAGAUCGGUUUCGAUUCAGUUGCCACAUUUGGAGCAGUGUAAGCUGGACUUUUAUGGCUCGGGCAACUGCUCACUUUCCAUGGUGUGCCCCAAAAUUAAAGUCCUUGAGGUGCAAGGCUGUAGCUGGAUUCGGGUUCGUGAUGCAAAGCAUUUGAGCAAACUUUCAAUUGCCAAUAAUGCAGGGAGAGUCUACAUGGUUGAUUUUGAGAAACUUGUUGCUCUAGAGUUCUUAUCCAUUAGGGGAGUCCAGUGGUGUUGGGACGCAAUAAGAAAAAUGCUUCAAUGGGCAAGUGAAGUGAAGCACCUUUAUAUGAAGGUGGAGUUCACAGGGGAUUUUGAGACCCUUCAACCCUUUCCAGAGGUUGACUUCGUUGAUUUCUUCAAUAACCAUCCCAAGCUGCAGAAGUUUGAUAUCCAUGGAGCCAUGUUUGCUGCCCUUUGUCAAAAGAACAGCCUGAAAAAUGUUGAUUCGGGAUUUGCAAUUCCUUGCCUGGAAGAAGUGAUGAUCACAGUGAGAUCACCGCUGAAUGCUGAACAGAAAAUGAGCACUCUUGAGUCCUUGUUGAAGUACGGGAAAAAUCUGAAGACAAUGGUGAUAAAGAUUCUUCAGAUGAAGAGCAGUCACAGCAGUGCAGAUGAUUUCUUUGAUGAGAUUUGCAGGUUUAGAUACAUGAACCGAAAGGUUGUUAGAAUAGAAUAAAGGCUUCCUUAGGGAACUUACUCAUUUUUCCUUCUUAAUUCAUACCAUUGCUUUAACUCUCUGAUUAAAUACAGCAUGACUGCUGAUUUCAUUGAACUACGAUCGUCAUUUAUUGAAUCGAUUCAAAAUUUGGAUUAAACUAAUUUGUCAA